CAGACAUACAGGACAUCUCCCGAAAUCAUCAAUCAUGGUUGUGAACAUCACCGCCGAAGAUCCCCAACCCAUCGUCCAUAGCCACAUCAACGGCAGCACCAACGAGAUUCUCGAUCGGCUCUGCGUUACCGAGCUUCUCAAAGGCUGGCCGGUAUACCGAGACGCCUCGGAAUGGGCCCAUUACCGUAACUGCUUUGCGGAACAAGCCUACAUCUUCACAACAUGGAGCGGUGGGAUGCCCAUCGACGAGUUCAUCGAAGUCUCCAAGAAGGGCCGGCGCAACGGCGACCACAUCAUGCACCGCGAGAACGGCACGCUGGUGGAACUGAACCCGGACACCGGCCGUGCCGUGGGCAAGAUGAAGGCCACCAUCACGCAGCGCUUCGACUUCGACGGGGUCGAGUGUGACGUCGAAUGCGACUGCCGGUUUAUCAUGUGGUGCCAGAAGGACCCCGCGGGCUGGAAGGUGCACUACAAGCGUCUGUUCUACGAAAAGGAUAAGAUCCUGCCCGUGGAUGGCAAGAAUGUUCCUGAGUUCUCCGUCGAGGAACUCAAGCCUUACCCCUACGGGUAUCGGUAUCUGGGCGCGGCGCAAGCCCGUCUGGGCCAUAAGAUCAAGUUGGACUUGCCGACGAUGAAGGAUAAUGAUAAGUUCCGGGGCAUGUAUGAGGCCAUGGAGAAGUGGUUGAGAGGGGAGGAUAUAAAGGAGACUUUGGGUAUUCCGCUGUGAUUAUGAGUGAUGAUUUUAUGAUGCCUUCCUGCUUGUGUGGGUUUCGAUAGUCUAGAUGCGAUUACCCAAGAAUCUAUUGUCC